GUCAGUCUCCAGGGCCACUUAAAGGCAAACGGUUCCGCUCAGGUUUUCAUCUCCGCGCUCUCAGCACCAUGAGUAAGACCGGCACGCUGAGGGGGUUCUUUAAACAAAAAUCCGCAGACAAGGAAAAAGAAAAGGAGAAAAAGGAGCUAAAACGAGCUGCGACCAUCCACCGGGAUGAUCCCAGCUCUCUGCAGGGGGACCCGGGGCCCCUGCGCCCCGGGGAGGGGGGAGCGCAUCCAGAGGAUGAGACCCCCUGCUCCCCGAAAGAGAAGAAGUCAAAGCGGUUCCUGUCCUUAAAGCUCAGGAAGAAAAAGAAUAAAAAAGAAGAAGAUGGAGGAGAUAUGUUCGAGGAACUGGACAGCUUCAACAGCCGCAUGAGCUACGACCAGAUGAGCGUUUCCACAGAGUGCAGUUUCCGGCCAGGAUCGGACUGGGACCCUCAUUCUGAGCAGUCCUCUGUGAUCAACCUAGAUAUGAACCAGCCGACAAGCCCCAUGUCUCCCUCCAAACUCAAGGGAGAAAAAAGAGGCAUGUUUGGUCGAAUCGCCAACUUUUUAAACAAAAAGAAAAGCAAUAGUCGGCAUCAGUCUAACAGCUCUGCAAAUUCAAGCCAGCCAACAUCUCCUGUAUCUCCCCGUUUCUUUACAUCCCAACUAGAGGAUGAAUUAACGCCUCUCACAGAUUCCCAUAAACGAUCACAGGAUGCUUCCGCCAAAGUUGAGCUGGAUGACUCCCUCAGCCAAAGCUCUGGCCCUAGCGUGUCCUCUCUGAUUGCAGUUGACCCAGAUCUCCCUUUCGCAGACAGCGGCAGCAGUGGCAGGAGCAGCGUGAAGGAGGUCCCUAUAUCCAGGGUCAGCACAGAUGGAGUUCAAAAGAAUUCUGGGAAUAUCACUCCCACCAGUGCAGAUUUUUCAUCUCCUGUUUGCCCAAACUCUGAUUCUGAUUUGGGAUUUGCAGAUUCAGUGGUGGAAGAAGUUAGCAAGAGAUUGCAGGUUAAUUUGGACAACAAUGUCCAGAGUUCCAGAGAGGAGAUCAUUGUCACCCCAACGACCCCAAUGUCACUUAAAACCCCAAUUUCUUUAAAAGUGGACAGCCCAAAGUCUCCUAACUUAAUCUCCAUAUGCUUAGCAUCAAAGAAAACCAUGGUGAAAGUUGGAGAGAAGGGCCACAGCACUGUGUUAAAAGGAAUUACUUUAAGCCAUCAGUUAUCCACAUCACAUACCGCUACUAAUCAGCAAGACAAAAAAGCUCCAGACUCACAAAAGGAACAUUCAGGAGUCAAUAAACCUUCCUUUGGCCUGUCUGAGCAAACUGGCCCUGCAUGGAGCCCUCCGCCUGAGACAGAGCAAACACCCGAAGAGGAUUCUCCCAUCCAGCUCCAUAAAGCCAUCUGGGUUGAGACGUACCUGGGGGAGGAGCAGGAGGAGGAGGGAGAGAUGGAUGUAAUGAAACAAGGAGAGGAGGGCUUUAGAGUAGACUCGCCUCCUGUGCUGGCCAUACCUGUCACAGUAAUACCUGAGGAUGAGGUGGUAACUCAGUUUGAAACCCCACCUACCCCAACGGAGAGUUGGCUAUCCAGUGGCAGCUUGCCAGAGUCCGACAUCUCCUUGGCAACAACUUCAGAGGAGUUUCAAACAGCCUCGCACCAGUUGGAGGAGACCGACAGCGGAGCAAUCCCUCAACAGGAGCCCCUGAAGGAGAAAAAGAGAGAAACCCACCUGACUCGAAAGACUGUGAGUCUGCCAUCGAAGAGCAAAGUCAGUGCAGAGAAGGUCCUUAUUCAAGCAGAGUCGAGUUUGGAAGCUGCAGAGGAAGCUUUAACUUCCGAGACCUCGAAUGGAGUAGAGUUAAGCGGAUUGACGUCUCUCCAAAAAGACAGUGAAGCUAAAAUCAAAGAUGGCAUCACUAAAGCCCCACCAGCAACAACAGAAGAGCCUCAACAGGUUGACACUAACAACAUUCCUGCAUCCAUAGAGGAAAAAGAAACUGAAACCGCUUUAUCUGGAGAUACUACUGCAGCUUUAGACAUGAGCAAGUCUAAAUUACAAGAUGCAGACCCUGGAGUAAAAAGUCAAAGUAGUCUGAUGGCUUUUGCUAAACACAGUGGAACAGGAGCCGUGGGUAACCUGCAUGGUUCCACUGUAAGUGGACCAAAGAGCUCAGCUACUACUACUGGGUUCAAAGUGAAGAGUGUCUCAAGAAAGACCACAGCAGGAAAUAAAUCAGAAAUGACCAGUGAUCAUCCGCCACCCAGUGAGCGUAGCACUGAGAAGCGUGUUUCUGGGCUCCCAUUGUUAAAGGAUCAAAGCAGUGGUGGUCACUCAAAGUCGAGAAUUCCCAAAGUUUCAAAAUCAGAUGCUGAUGUAAAAUCUCCAGUAACCCCUGAUAAAAUAUCCGAUCAGGAUCUUUUGGGGUCAACAAUUAAUUCCAAACUGCCAAAACAACACAAACCAAAAGAACCUGUAAAACCUCCAGCAAAGCCUGUCAGAAAACCAAGUUUUGAAGAUCCCAAAAGUGGGAGAACUGCAUCCGGAAAUAAUUCUCCCACAAAGCUUAUGUACAAGACCCCGGUGAAGCUAAUUAAGGAAAAGUCUGAUGAGGUCUUUUUAGAUGACAUGGAGAAGGAGCCCGAGCAAAGAAGUGGUAAAAAAGGAUACCAUCCUGAUGGGGAAACCCUGCAGCAGAGCCAAUCACAGAGUGGCUCUUCCCAUGCAUCAAAGAGUAAGCUACCGGUUUCAUCUCCAACAAGAAAAACACAUAUCAGCGUUACUCCGACAAGGUGUAACUCAGACAAAGGAGAAACAGUCCAAAAACAGAGUCCAGUGUAUGAAGAAGACACUCCUGUUGAUGAGAAACCUGAAACUGAUUCACUGACGCCACAGCGAGAAAUACCAGAGAAGGGAACAGGAAGCAUGCUUUUAAAGACGUCUAAAAUUUCUAAGAGAAGCACAAGUCAUGAAGAGAGUGACACAUCAAGUCUUUUUCCUACUCCUUCCAAACAAGAAUCAAAUGUAUUUUCAAGGCUCUCUAAGCAAAAUGAAAACAUUAAAUUGAACAAAAUUCCCAUAAAGAACUCAACUGAAUCUCUAACAUCAGGCAGCAAGCUUCCAACCAGAAGUCAGAGAGGCUCCAAUAAAACAAAACCCAAAAUCCAACAAGAAUCACCAAAAUCUGAGGAUUCAAUCCUCAAUACCGCUGUGACUGUUAAAGAAACUGUUGCAGCAGAUAUUAUGAAGGACAGUGACUUUAAGUCUGCAGAGAAACCCUUUGAAAUCAGAGACAAACAAGCUAAAACUACUGAAACCUUAUUUGAAAGUGACCUCACAGAUGGACAGAUUUCAAGCUUUCAGUCUAGAGAAAUAAGCAAGUCGAAAAUUUCAGAUGAUUCUCAAAAAACUGACACUGAUAAAAGAAAGCCGGAGGCCAAACAAGUUAAACCAGGAAAUCAGAAGGAAAACAAACAAAGACAGAAAACACUACCAUCCUCUAAAACUUACAACUCUGUUAAGGCCAAAGAUGAUUUAAAGGAGCUACCAGGAAAGACUAAAUUGAAAGUAUCCAAAGAUAAAACUCCUAAACUUAUGGUUUCAGACAUUAAACCAACUCCAAAGGAUGAAACCAUUAAAUCAACCAAACCUGAUUUGGAUGAAGGCAUUUAUGAUGACAUAACACAGGAUGGAGUUAUGCCUACAUCAGAAACAAGAAAAAAUCUUCCUGCUAAACCAGAUGAUGCACAUUUAGAGAGUCUUACUGUAGGAUCUGAUUGCCUUAACUCAGGGGACUUUUUGGAUGAUCAAACCAAAGCUGUAAAUUAUGAACUGUACCACACAGUAACCGAGGGAGCAGUGAAAGGUUUUGAAGGAGGGGAGAAAAUUAAAGAGGAGGUUGGAUGGAAACCAGUCGAGGCUUUGGAUGUAGAAACAGAAGCAGUGACUGUUUGUGAAUUGCCACAGAAUGUUGAAAAGCAUUCAAACAAAGAGGCUCUUUUAGGGAAAUCUGGAAGCAGGGAGAAAGACUCAAAGCCAAAUGAAAUGCUUAAUCGCACUGUGAUAGAAAGCUCAGAGUCACAAAACAGUUGUAAAAAGGAGCUUGAGGAAAGACCUCUGGACUUUGCAGGGGGAGGAGUUAUAGAUUCAGGGAAAACAGACCAUCUCUCAUCUGAGAAAAGCUUGCAGCCUGAAGCUAAAAAGAAACAACUGACAGUAGUUACAAAUGUCCUGAAAGGGGAGACUGAUAGUUUUGAAUCAAAGAGUGUAAUACUCAACACUACAGCAAGCGUGAUUGACGCCGAACAGAAGACCCUCCUGCAAGAAGAUUCAGAGAGUGACUCUGGGAAAACAAGGCAGCAAAAUAAGGAAUCAGUGCAACCGAGUUCUGAAAUAUCAACCACUGGUUCAAAACUGUUGGACACUGAAUCUACAGAGAUUACCAAAGAAAAAGAGGUAUUGCCUAACAAAGACAAAACUGUGAACGAUAAAACAACUGAAAGAAAUGCUCAGACAUCAGUGAAAUCCAAAUCUGGAGCAGAAGAUAAACAUAUCAUAAACAGAGUUGGAUAUGAGAAUUAUAACCAGAAGGCUGCUCGAAGAGAAAAGGGAAAGACAGAGGAUAAUGAAAAAGAUCCUACAGCCGUAGACCUACCAAUAGUGAAUGCCCACAAUGAAGAAAACAGGGUAAAAAAUGAAGCCAUAGAAAUCUCUAAAAGCUUUGAAAAAGAAAAUGUAAUUGCAGACAGUCAGGAUGGCAAAGAAAAUGUAGCAAAGACAAAAGCAACUAACCCUGAUGUGCAAUCAGCUAACAGCCAAGAGACUCAGUUGACCAGAAUGGUUGGCAAGAUUGAUGAAGAGACCUCAAAAUCUGAACAUCCAAAUUCUGAAACUACUGAAUCAUCAUUGCCAAGUCUUAUGAGUAAAGGUAGAAAUCAACAUGUCCAUGAAAUGGAAACCAUUGGUAACAAGGAUGGAAAACCUUUAGAAAUGGAACAGAUCAAUUUACCAAACCAAAGUGCUGCCACUGUAGUAGCAACUCCAGAGUCUCAACAGGCAAAUUCCGAAAUCAGAGUUUCACCAUUACAAAGUCUAGUAAAGGAGAAAAAACAAGUGACUUUUGGUGAGAAAGAUGGAAAUUUAAAAGAAACUAUGGAUGAAAAAUCUGAGACAAGCCAGGGAGCAAGACAAGAAAUUCCUGAGGAAACAACAGUCAGCCAGGUUAAUCAAAUGCCAAGUUCCUUGAGUCAAGAUGGUAAAGAAACUAGAGAUGAGGCUAAAGUAAAGGACACCUUGUCAGAAAGUUUAGGUAAUGAAUUUGUAAUCAUUAACACAAAUAAAGACACUGGAAAUCUCCAAGAGCUCAACUGCUCUUUUGAAAUAGAGCAAAAUGUAGACAAAAAGAGACCCAGUGAAGAGAAAUUACAGGUAGCUAAACAUUUAACUAAUAAAUCCCCAAAUCAAUCAAAUGCAGAUGCUGAAGUUGAAGAGAAGGGGCAUGGUAAAGUUGGAGGUUUGGUGAAUGAAAAAACAGAACAUUUGGAGGAGAUCUAUACUGAUGUAAAACAAGAAAAGGAAAUAAUAAAAUCACCUAAAGGCUACAAAGACUCAAAAACAGACCUGAAAUGUACACCAAAGUCAGUACAAGAAGAAGCUUCAAAAGAGAUGACACCAAGUCAAUUUCCGGAGGUCAACAUCACAGCCACCAAUGUUCAAAGUCCUGAAGGAACUCAAGAAAAGGCUACAGGUAAGGCCCAUUCACAUAUAACCCAAAACAAGACUACAUGUAAAGACGAAUCUAAUGAAACAAAAGAAAAGACUACAAGUAAGGACCAGUCAAAAGAAAAUCAAGACAGGAUGACAAGUGAGGGCCAAUUAAAUGGAACUCAAGACACCACUAUAGGUAAGGACGAUUCAAAUGAAGCUGAAGAUAAGCCAACAAGUAGGAACCAAUUAAAUGAAACUCAGGAAGAGACUGCAAGUAAAGACCAAUCAAUUGCUAUUCAAGAAAACACGACAAGUAAGGCCCAAUCACCUAUAACUCAAAACAAGACUAUAAGUAAGGACAAAUCGAAUGAAACUCAAGACACAACUACAAAUAAAUUCCAAACAAAGGAAAGUCAAGACAAGACUACAACUAAGGAAAAAACAAAUGAAUCUCAAGAAAAGACUGAAAGUAAGGACCAAUCAAAGGAAACUCAUGGAAAAAAUGAAAGUGGGGGUCAAUCAAGUGAACUUCAAGAAAAGACUGCAAGUAAGGACCACUCAAAAGAAAAUCAAGACAAGACUGCAAAUAGGGGCCAAUCAGAUGAAAUUCAAGACAAGACUACAAGUAAGGAUCAAUUUAAGAAAACUCAAGAUGGGACUACAAGUAAGGAGCAAUGCAAGGAAACUCAACAUGGGAUUACAAAUAAUGUUCAAUUAAAGGAAACUCAACAUGGGACUACAAGGAAGAACCAAUCAAAUGCAACUCAAGAUAAGACUACAACUAAGGAUCAAACAAAUGAAUCUCAAAAAAAGAAUGCAAGUAACGACCAAUCAGAUGAAACUCAAGACAAAAAUAAAAGUGGGGGCCAAUCAAGUGAACUUCAAGACAAGUUGUUUAUAAGUAAGGACCAAUCAAAUGAAACUCCAGAAAAGCCUAAAAUUAAGGACCAAUCCAAAGAAAUUCGAGACAAAACCACAAGUGAGGAUCAAUCAAAGAAAACUCAAGAUAAGAUUAUUAGAAAGGAUCAAUCAAAUGAAACUCAAGACACAACUACAAAUAAAUUCCAAACAAAGGAAAGUCAAGACAAGACUACAACUAAGGAUCAAACAAAUGAAACUCAAAAAAAGACUGCAAGUAAGGACCAAUCAGAUGAAACUCAAGACAAAAAUAAAAGUGGGGGAAAAUCAAGUGAACUUCAAGACAAGACUGCGAGUAAGGGCCAAUUAAAUGAAGUGCAAGACAUGUUUAUAAGUAAGGACCAAUCAAAUCAAACUCCAGAAAAGCCUAAAAUGAAGGACCAAUCCAAAGAAAUUCAAGACAAAACCACAAGUGAGGAUCAAUCAAAGAAAACUCCAGAUAAGUUUCAGAGGUCAGUGAAUGUAAAUACCAUGUCGAGGCUUGAAAUUACAAAAGACACAGCAUCCACUGUAAAUGGUGACCCAGACACAAUUACUGCAAAACUAGAUCAAGAAAAAUUAACUGGGUCUGAGCCAGAGACAAUAAGAAAAGAAGUUCAAGUGAAGCUGAUAGAAAAGCAGAGAGGCAGGGAGACCCAGGAUUCUGGUCUACUUUGUUAUAAAGAAAAAUCUGAAGAUCAGGAUACAUCUUCGGAGGUUUUGUUAGGUAAAACAGCAACUCCGAACUAUAUUACUGAAGUUUGCAACCAAGAAUUCCAGACACCCAAAACUAUAACAGGAAAAGAUGAGGAAUUACCAAAACCAGUUCAAGAACUCAAAGAUACAAGUUCUGACCCUAAAACGAGACAAUGUACAGGAAAAAUAACUAAGAUAACAGAAAGCCAGCUUACCAGCCCCACGAGUCCAAGUGCUGAAGAUGCUAAAGAAUUAUCGGAAGAUGUUAAAAGAAAAGCAUUCGGAAGCACCUCUAGCAAACUUGACAUUUUUGAUGAAAAGUCCAAACUGGAAACUGAUCAGUCAGCUAUGUCUCUAAGUCAAAAUGAAAAUCUUGAAGAAGAACUAGGGAAUCUAAUGAUUGAAGUUAGCAAGAAAACGAUUAAACAUGAAACCCAAGAUCAUGAAAGCACAGCUGAACCUAAAGGUUGCCAUGGAGUUGACCUCCAGGAAUCACCAUUAUCAGCUGCAGAACAGGCUCAGAAGUCCUCAAUUAGUACAAAAGAAAAUGCAUGUGCCUCACAAGUUCAAGAAGUGUCACCACAACAUGAAUACCCCAAAACAGACCAAAAGGAAAAACUUCCGGCAGUGAUAAUAGGAGAUUUGAAGACUGAGAUUCAAGAUCUGAAUGCCAGAACUGGUCAGAUUGUUGAGCAUCCUAUAGAACAAUUUGUACAAAUCAACCUAUCACCAGUUAGCUUGACUGAAAAUAAAAAAGUACCUAAAUCAGGCACUUUAAAGGACUCAAGUAUCCCACCAUUUGAAGAUGGCAAAGUUGAGGUUAAGGAAAUCUUAGAUGCAAAAUCCUCUAAUGACUCUGCAGUAAAAGAAGUUCAGAAGGAAAUACCAAAUGUUGCAAAAAAUAAAUCUAAUCAGAAUGAUGCAAAACAGAAUACAAAUAUCACUACUUUGGAACAAAAUCUUCCAAACACAUCUGUUUGCACAGAGCAAAAGGGAAAAUACCCCAUUGCUUCAGCUCAAGGAAUGCUUGGAAAUGAUAAUCUGAAGAAUGCUAAGGGCUCUGAAGGAACAACUCAUAAACCUGGGUCAUUUACAGAAAUGUCCACUGUAGAAGCAGGUUAUAAGGAGGGUGCACAAGAGAUUCUGACAAAGGAAACAACUCCAAACCGAAAUUCUGUCAAUGUUUUGUCUACACCUAAACAGAUUCCAUCUGCUUGGUUGGAUGUGGAAGAUCGUCACAAAAAGAAAAAGGGACGUAGAAGAAAUGAAGAUGAGACAGUGAGUGAUGAUGAAUUUAUUGAGCCUGAUGCAAUUAGUGACUUUAUAAAUAGUGUGAGGGAAGGGGGAAUCCCCUUUUCACUACCUCGAAAGAGACAUAUUCGGAAAAAACUUCCAUCUCCCCCAUUGCCAGCCAUCAGGGAGGACCAUUUUGAGCGCACCUUUGAUCCACAGGAAUUCCAGUUUGGCUUAAGAAAAAAUGAUAAACGUAUGAACCUUUCUCCUGCUAUGAUAAUUAAACAGAAAGCUGCCAAUAGGGAUGGUCCAACCUCUCAUUCUGAAGAGAAUUGUACUUCAGUAGAUCCACUGACAACUAAGAAGACUGAAGGAGAAGAUGAGGACAAAGAGUCUCAUGUUGAAGCAGGAAAAGCAGAGGGGCAAGACAAUGGGCCGGGUAAGAUGACCUCAAGACUUGAGAGGAUGUCCAUUCUCACAGGCUUGUUAAGCUCCCCUCGUACCUCCAGGAAGGCAAGAGCAGAAGCUUCCUCUCCCUCAAAUGACACAGUGCCAUCCCACCAGCAACAAGCCAUGCCUUCAGUUGGACUGCAGGAAGCUAUUGCUUCGCCUCUGCCUGUGGCCCCUGAUGAUAAUGGGAGCAUACAAGGUACAGAUCAAAGCCAGAUAACAAAAGGUGGAGCAGAUGCAGUUAGUGAGUCAACACUUAGCUCCUCCUCCGCUCCUCCUCUGCCAGCACGCUCCGAGACAAAGCUUCCUGAUCAUUUAGAGAAAUACCUUAAGAAAGACGAAAGGGAGCCAGAGGCCUCCGUGGACUCCACACAGACAGCUGACGUGACCCCUCCGGCUCUCAACCACACGUCAAUUCCAAACAUAUCUGUUGUGGAUGUGGACCAGACAAACCCUACAGCAAUGCCUUCUAUCACAAACUACACUGAUGAAAUAUCUCACAAUCGAAUUCACACAGCUAAGAAACCUUUAGUUAGAGGACAUCACAGAAGACCUGGAAAGAUUGUCAUACAUGAAAAUGCUCAGUUUGGUGGUGAGGCAUAUGAAAUCUACAGUGACAUAGAAGAUUCAACCACAAUGAAGCUAUCUCCUGUGAUAUCAGUGAAAGUCGUCAGAGGAUGCUGGCUUCUCUAUGAAAAGCCCGGCUUCCAAGGCCGUGUUAUUGCACUGGAGGAAGGUCCCAUGGAGCAGAUAGUGAACAUCUGGGCAGACGAGGGAACUCCUGAGACGUUAAACCAAAUGGAUCAGCUUGUUCCAACCACACCAAUGGUUGUAGGUUCCCUUCGCCUGGCAGUCAGAGAUUACAGCACUCCCAGGAUCGACCUGUACUCAGAGGUCAACGGAUUGGGAAUUAUGUCAUCUUAUUGUGAAGACACGCCAGAACUCGGCUCCUUUGGGAUCCCACAAACCACAGGAUCGAUUAAGGUUCACUCUGGAGUAUGGUUGGUGUACUCUGAUCCAGGGUUUAAUGGAGUGCUUGAAGUGCUAGCGGUGGGAGAGUAUCCCCACCCCCAGAGCUGGGGUUUCCCUCAACCCUUCAUUGGCUCUCUCAGGCCGCUCCAAAUGGGACAAAUAAGGGUAGAGAAUCCACUUGACGUUAAGGCUCUUGUUUUUGAGAAGCCCAACUUUGAAGGACAGUGUUUGGAUUUGGAUGGAGAUGUCUACAACUUGCUGGAACAACAACAAACAGGCGGGAAGAACACAACUCUUAGUUCAGUGGGAUCAGUAAAGAUACUUGGUGGUCUCUGGGUUGGAUAUCAGGAUGCAGACUUUGAAGGUCAGCAGUACAUCCUGGAAGAGGGUGAAUAUCCUCAGUGCAGUGAGUGGGGAGGAUCUGAGGACGGGCUACUGUCCCUACGACCUGUACUUGGAGAUUUCCUGUCUCCUCACCUGAAGAUGUUCAAGGAGCCUGACUUCAAUGAGCGCGGGAUUCAUACGAACCUGGUGGGUCCUGUCAUUAGCAUGGAGGAUGUCGGCCACAGCACCAAAACCCAGUCAAUCAUCAUCAAUGCAGGAGUCUGGUUAGCGUUUGAACAGCCUGGGUUCAGUGGAGAGGUCUAUGUUCUGGAGAAGGGUAUGUACUCCUGCCCUGAGGACUGGGGGGCACAGAACUUCAGGAUUUCAUCCAUACAGCCAGUCUUUCAUGACAUGCUGAUGGGAACUCCAAAGUUUAAGGUUCAGCUGUUUUCUGAACCAGACUUUCAGGGGAGGCUGCUGGCGCUGGAGGACAGUAAAGAUGACCUGGAUAGGGAUUUCACUCCAAAGUCCUGUAAAGUGAUGGCUGGCAGCUGGGUGGCAUAUGAGGAAGCGACGUUUAAAGGGAACAUGUACGUCCUGGAGGAAGGAGAGUACCCUAACACAGACGCCAUGGGCCUCAUGUCAUCAGACUGUGUCCUUCGAUCACUGCAGACAACCGGGCAUGCAUUUUCCCUGCCCUAUAUCGUCUUGUUUAAUAAAGUGGACUGCAGAGGUCGCAGAAUGGCUUUGACGAACGGAACUGUAAAUUUGCAGCAUGGAGGCAUGGAUGCUCGUAUACGCUCCCUAGUGGUGGAGGGAGGAAUGUGGGUGCUGUAUGAGGAUAACAACUACAGAGGCCGACAGCUGUUUUUGCAUCCAGGUAAAGUGCACGACUUUUGCAAGAACAGCGGCUGGCAGCGGAUAGGCUCUCUCCGUCCGCUCAUGCAGAAGCCGAUGUAUUUCCGUCUACGGAACAGGGAGACAGGAUUUUUGAUGUCUCUGACUGGAACGCUGGAUGACAUCAAACUGAUGAGGGUCCAGGCUGUGGAGGAGACGGGCGGGGCUGAGCAGCUCUGGCUCUAUCGGGACGGACAAAUAUCAUGCAAGUUACUAGAGGAAUACUUCCUGGAUAUUUCAGGCAGCAUGGUGAUGGCAGGUAGCCGACUUUGCAUUUCUCCAGAGCCAGGCAAAGAGAGCCAGCAGUGGAGUGUCACACGGGAUGGAUUAGUUCGCACCAAGCUUGAUGCAAAUCUCAUCCUGGAAAUAAAAGGCGGUCAUCAGUACGACAAGAACCAGAUCAUCCUGAACAACUUUGAUGAAAGGAAGAUGAUCCAGAGGUGGACUUUAGAGAUCCUGUGAUCUGAUGAGGUCUAACAAAAACAAACUUUUAAAAACUGAAUUUAUGCACAUGUCCCAGAUAUUUUCACUUUUUCUCGCUUGUAGAUGAGCUGGUUACUGUUUCCAAAGAUGAAUUGCAUAAAAAGUUGCCUUUUUUAGCCUUCUGCAAAAUCACUGUACAAAAAGAUGUAAGGAAAACCCUGCCCUGUUUCAAUGCUGCAUACCUUCAUCAUAUUCUGGUGUUUUUCUAAAAUUUUUUCAACAACCUCUCAUUUUCAUGUGAAUGUAUUUUUAUGUCACGGAUGUUUCGACAUGCUAACACUCCAGAAAGGUUUUCCUUGUGUACAUUAAAGUGAUCUUUUGUAAAAUUUUGAUAUAUUUCUAAAACACUCCAGGUUUUGACAAACUGUGCCUCUUUGUUCUAUUGUACAUAGUUUGCUUUAAAUGUACAGGUUGAUUUGAGAUUGUAACAGAAUUCCACUCAGAAUGUUGUCCUGUAGUUGUUGUAAAUAUGUGAGAAAACAUUUGGUGUUACAGGAUGAUAGAUUUGAAUAAAGAUAUGAUUUUUCUGUUUUCUUGGA